AUGUUUCCUGAAAAUGUUCAUGUCAUUGAGGAGCUUUCCCCCGAUGAUCGCACUCUGUCUGCGCAAAAGUACCGGAAACAUCUCCGUCAUAUAGCACAAACAGCAAUAUGGACUACCUACAUCUACUUUGCAGUGCGGCUGUUUAUCACCUUGACAACCCCGGACCGAACAUGGAAGAUGUGGGCAAUGCUUGGCAUUGAGGGUCUUUUUUCUCACAUAUCCCUGAAUCACCAACGCCUAUCGUUAGCCGCAACGAGAAAACCACCACACCAGACACUCCGCAAGAGAUUACGAAGCAACGAAAACCUGCCCAGAGUCGAUGUGUUAGUUACAUGCUGUGGAGAGCCAGUGGAAAUUAUCCUGGAUACAGUGCGAGCAGCGUGUGGCUUGGACUACCCGGCUUCCCGGUUUCGAGUUCGGCUUCUGGAUGACGGGGGGUCAAUUGACCUGCGUGACGCGAUUGCGAAGCUAAGCACGAAGUGGACUCACCUGUCUUAUCACACCCGGGGCAAGCAAUCUGGGAAAUCUUUUGCCAAAGCAGGAAACCUCAACUACGCCCUGUUCUCUCUACAAACCGAAGACCCGCCGGAAUUCUGCACAGUCGUCGACGCAGACUCCAUCCUGAUGCCUGAGUUUCUGCGCGCAACACUGCCCCAUCUACUUGCAGACCCGGAGGCAGCAUUGCUGACCACCCGUCAGUAUUUCUACAACCUGCCCCGCGGCGAUCCUUUAUCCCAGUCACGGGCUUACUUCUACACCUGUGAGAAUACGGAACUUGAUCUUCUUGGUCAUGCCCUAGACGCGGGAUCAGGUGCAGUCUUCCGUCGGGACGCGAUUCUCGACGCGGGCGGAUAUCCGUCCUACUCUUUCUCGGAAGAUUGGCAGCUAUCGUUAAUCCUAAGAGGGCUGGGGAAGCGCACGAUGCAGGUGCAGGAGGUAAUACAAUUUGGUCUCGUCCCUACUUCUCUCGCGGGGCAUCUCAAGCAGCGGAAUCGGUGGCAUAUCGGACACUCUCAGCAGAUUUCAGUGUUGUUCCCUUCUGUCAACAAGGCGAUUCCAAAGCAUCUGCGCUGGGACAUUGCUCUCGGAGGACUGUCUAUCAUGGCAGGUCUUGUAACCUACACUGUUAGCUUUGCUGCUUUGCCUUUCCUUCUUUUCUCCCAAGGUGUGGUUGUUCCUGCCGGAUCAGCGUUAGAGGUCAAGAUUCAGCUUGCUCUGGCCAUCGCUCAUGUUGCAUCGACAUGGGCAUAUGACUGGGCUCGGAGUGCACAUGCCGGUGUUCCAUUUACGGCAUUUGCACAUGCAGAGAAUAGCUGGCUUGCCUGUGGUAAGUUUGAUUAG